UAGCUUGACAGCCACGUCACCUCCUCUCUUGGUUUACCUCCAGGACCAUCACUGCUCACUCAAACCUGAAUCUAUCCAGGAAUCUGCUGACAUUUCACCUGUUUACACUCUUUGGACAAAAAGAAGCCAACGGGUCCGUCUGCUGUUAACUGCUAAACAACCCGCUCGUUUUUUCCCUUUUUAUAAUCUCGGCUUAUUUUUCUUCGCUCCCCUCCUUUCUGGGUCAUAAACUCAGAAGUCAGUGCUUGCAGGAGUUUUUAAGGCCUUUGAGGAGUUCUCUGAAGUUGAACACUAUGAAUAUCUUUCGGCUGGCAGGUGACGUGUCGCAUUUAGUGGCUAUUCUCAUUCUGCUAAUGAAGAUAUGGAGCUCCAAAUCCUGCGCUGGCAUCUCUGGGAAAUCUCAGGUCCUGUUUGCACUUGUUUUUACCACCAGGUACCUUGACCUUUUCACAGUCUACAUUUCAGCCUACAACACAAUCAUGAAGGUGGUGUUUCUGGCUCUGUCCUAUGCUACUGUGUACCUGAUCUACAUGCGCUUCAAGAACUCCUACAAUUCAGAGAACGACACGUUCAGAGUGGAGUUCUUGUUGGUUCCAGUCAUCGGGUUGUCCUUCCUGGAGAACUAUGCUUUUACUCCACUGGAGAUCUUGUGGACCUUCUCCAUCUUCCUUGAGUCCGUCGCCAUAAUGCCCCAGCUCUUCAUGAUCACCAAGACGGGCGAAGCGGAGUCCAUCACCACCCACUACCUGUUCUUCCUCGGCCUCUACAGGGCCCUCUACAUCGCCAACUGGGUGUGGCGCUACCACACGGAGGGCUUCUUUGACCAGAUCGCCGUCGUGUCCGGAGUGGUUCAGACCAUUUUCUACUGCGACUUCUUUUACCUUUACGUCACGAGGGUGAUCCGAGGGAAAGGAAAGAUGAGCCUGCCAAUGCCGGUUUAGAUUUGACGUACCCGCCUGCCGCGGUUCAGCAUGGGGGCGCAGUCCCUGAAGCUGUACGUAGCAAUGGGACUCUUGCAUCUGAACACCAGCAUUACAUAGAUAUUUUAUCAUGUGAUUGUUUCCGUAAGUCUGUGUUUGUGCAUCAUUUUGUUUUAAUUUGUGUACAACGAUGCUGUAGGGAUGGAAAUGUGGCGGAGGAUGCGUGUCAGUGAUGAGCACCAUGCUCUCUGUAAAUCACAGCCGGGAGAGUUUUUGUUUUUGUUUCUUUUUGUCCUACAUUUCCUUUUUUUGUAAAACGCUUCUGACUCUGAAGAUUAUUCAGUGAGCCAGUUUUGUUGUCAUGCUAACAGUUUUGAGUGUUGAAUCCAUGAAAAUGAACCUGAAGGUGGUUUCA